ACGGGUACCUGAAGGUAGACAUAAAGGGGCAGAAGAGUCAAUAAACUCUGAUUUUCAUGCUGAUCUCUUGAUAUCAGAAUUUCCCUUUUUGUAUGUACACGUGUCUCCUCUGGUCCUGUGGAGAUGAAAAUUGACAUCCACACUCAUAUUCUACCAAAGGAAUGGCCCGAUCUAGAAAAGGUAAUGGUAACUAAUGUGCUGGAUUCUUUCUGGACCACAUCUCAUCUCUCCUUGGCUGAUGUGGCUUUUCUGACUCAGGGAGAAGCAAAGAUGAUAAAAGAUGGGAAGGUCUUCCGAGUGAUCCAACAGAACUGCUGGGACCCAGAAGCUCGGAUCAGAGAAAUGAACCAGAAAGGAGUGACAGUUCAAGCUCUUUCCACAGUUCCUGUCAUGUUUAGCUACUGGGCCAAACCUAAGGAUACUUUGGAGCUGUGCCAGUUUUUAAACAAUGACCUAGCUGCUACCGUUGCCAGAUACCCUCGAAGGUUUGUGGGUUUGGGGACGUUGCCUAUGCAAGCCCCAGAGCUGGCCGUCGAGGAGAUGGAGCGUUGUGUGAAGGAGCUAGGAUUUCCAGGAAUCCAGAUUGGCUCCCACAUUAACACGUGGGACCUGAAUGACCCGGAACUCUUCCCAAUCUACACUGCGGCUGAGAGGCUGAACUGUUCUCUGUUCGUGCAUCCCUGGGAUAUGCAGAUGGAUGGACGAAUGGCCAAAUACUGGCUGCCUUGGCUCGUAGGAAUGCCAUCGGAGACCACCAUGGCCAUUUGCUCCAUGAUCAUGGGCGGGGUGUUUGAGAAGUUUCCCAAACUCAAAGUGUGCUUCGCACACGGAGGUGGUGCUUUCCCCUUCACCAUAGGAAGAAUUGCCCAUGGAUUCAACAUGCGUCCAGAUCUCUGUGCCCAGGACAAUCCGUCUGACCCCAGAAAAUACCUUGGCUCCUUCUACACAGACUCCCUGGUUCAUGAUCCUCUGUCUCUCAAGCUAUUGACAGAUGUCAUAGGAAAGGAUAAAGUCAUGCUGGGAACUGAUUACCCCUUUCCUCUGGGUGAGCAGGAGCCUGGGAAGCUCAUAGAGUCCAUGGCAGAGUUUGAUGAAGAAACAAAGGAUAAACUUACAGCUGGCAAUGCGUUGGCUUUUUUGGGUCUUGAGAGAAAACUAUUUGAAUGACAGAAUUAACCACAAAAAAAAAAAAAGAAAAAAGAAAAAGAAACUUU